AGCUGUGGGGAAAGAAAAUGAGUUUCGGGGUGAGCUGCUGAAUCAGAGGUGGACCUGCGGAGAGAAGAUCAGCAGCUGCGAGGGAGCCGCCAGCCUGCACGGCACGCACAUCAAGAUGAGUUUAGAAAAUGACGAUAAGAGAGCACGCACGCGAUCCAAGUCUGUCAGAGUGCCCACGGAGCUCAUCGGCCAGGAGGUGAGCUGUCCAACCCCAGGCUGUAACGGCUCAGGACACAUCCGUGGGAAGUACGCGAGACACAGAAGUUUACAAAGCUGCCCUCUCGCGAAGAAGAGGAAACUUCAGGAUGCGGAGGCCGAACAUCUGGUGUCGAAGAGAAAAUCCCACCCGCUCAAACUGGCCUUGGAUGAAGGCUACAACGUCGACAGCGAUGGCAGUGACGAGGCCGAGGCAAAGGAGGAGUCUGGCUCCGAUGAGUCGGAGGGGAUGCUGGAGGAGGAUGAGGCGGAGGCGAUGGAGCAGGAGGAGACCCGCAGCCCUGAGCAGGCAGAAGAGAGAAGCCCAGCAAAAUCAACCCAUUAUGGACAAAACACAGCAUCAAGUACGUCUGGGCCCAGCAAGGCCAACUACAGCAGCUACCAAGAAAUAAUCGCCAACUCCAAACCCAACUCCCACAGUUUAUCUGGGUGCCCCAUUGCUGCUGCUGAAAAAUUAGCCAAAUCACAUGAAAAGCAACAAACCCAGUCUGGUGAUCCUUCAAAGACCAGCUCCAACUCUGACCGAAUACUCAGGCCUAUGUGCUUUGUGAAGCAACUGGAGAUCCCUCAGUAUGGAAGCUACCGGCCCAACAUGGUCCCAGCAACCCCACGGGCCAACCUGGCCAAGGAGCUGGAGAAGUACUCCAAGGUCACCUUCGAUUAUGCAAGUUUUGAUGCUCAGGUUUUUGGCAAACGCAUGCUUGCCCCAAAGAUUCAGACUAGCGAAACCUCACCUAAAGCCUUUAAAUCCAAACCUUUUCCAAAGGCCUCUUCCCCCAGCCACAGCCCCUCCAGCAGUUACGUGAAGAGCACUUCAUCUUCCUCCACAGGCUUCGACUACUCCCACGACGCUGAGGCUGCGCACAUGGCUGCCACUGCCAUCCUCAACCUCUCCACACGCUGCUGGGAGAUGCCCGAGAAUCUCAGCACCAAGCAGCAAGAGGCCCCCGGCAAGUCCAUGGACAUUGAGGUGGAUGAAAAUGGGACUCUGGACUUGAGUAUGAACAAACACCGCAAACGGGAGAGCACCUUUCCCAGCAGCAGCAGCUGCAGCAGCAGUCCCAGCAUGAAGUCCCCAGAUGUGUCACAGCGCCAAAACAGCACCAGUGCCACGAGCAGCACCAUGACCUCCCCCCAGUCCAGCCAGACCUCCCGCCAGGAUGAAUGGGAUGGGCCCAUUGACUACACUAAACCAAACCGUCAGCGAGAAGAGGAGCCAGAAGAGUCAGAACCUGCCGCUCACUCUUUUGCCUCCUCGGAAGCUGAUGAGCAAGAAGUGUCAGAGGAAAACUUUGAAGAGCGAAAAUACCCAGGGGAAGUUACUUUAACCAACUUCAAGCUGAAAUUCCUCUCCAAGGACAUCAAGAAAGAGCUGCUCACUUGCCCAACCCCAGGCUGUGACGGCAGUGGACACAUAACGGGAAACUAUGCCUCUCACCGCAGCCUUUCUGGUUGUCCUCUUGCUGACAAGAGCCUCAGAAACCUCAUGGCUGCCCACUCUGCUGACCUCAAGUGCCCUACUCCUGGUUGUGAUGGCUCUGGUCACAUAACAGGAAAUUAUGCAUCGCAUAGAAGUCUGUCAGGCUGCCCUCGUGCCAAGAAAAGUGGGAUCAAGAUCACCCCGACAAAGGAUGAUAAAGAAGACCCAGAGCUGAUGAAGUGUCCUGUUCCUGGCUGUGUUGGGCUCGGGCACAUCAGCGGCAAAUACGCCUCUCACCGGAGUGCGUCAGGGUGCCCUCUCGCAGCCCGCAGACAGAAGGAAGGAUCACUCAAUGGCUCCUCGUUUUCCUGGAAGUCAUUGAAGAAUGAAGGCCCAACCUGCCCUACCCCAGGCUGUGACGGUUCCGGCCAUGCCAACGGGAGCUUCCUCACUCACAGAAGUUUGUCAGGGUGUCCAAGAGCUACUUUUGCUGGGAAGAAAGGAAAACUCUCAGGGGAUGAAAUUCUCAACACAAAGUUCAAGACCAGCGACGUUCUGGAGAACGAUGAAGAGAUCAAGCAGCUGAACAAGGAGAUCAGUGAGCUGAACGAGUCCAACUCGGAGAUGGAAGCGGCCAUGGUGAAACUACAGUCACAGAUCUCCACCAUGGAGAAGAACCUGAAGAACAUCGAGGAGGAAAACAAAAUAAUAGAGGAGCAAAAUGAAGCCCUGUUCCUGGAGCUCUCAGGGUUGAGCCAGGCUCUAAUCCAAAGUCUUGCCAAUAUCCGCCUUCCGCACAUGGAGCCAAUUAGUGAGCAGAACUUUGAUGCAUAUGUGAACACGUUGACAGACAUGUACACCAACCAGGAAUGCUACCAGAACCCGGAGAACAAGGACCUGCUGGAGAGCAUCAAGCAAGCCGUCAAGGGCAUCCAGGUUUAGUGCCGUGGGAUGGAGAUGAGCAAGAAAACAGACUGUAAGAUGGAACUUUCCCUCCAAGUAUUCAGGUUUACAAGUUAGAAAACUUGUUUAAUGAAUGAAAAAAAAA